AUGGAGAGAAAACUUAUGUAUUUGCCUCUAUCCACUUCCAUAUCAGAAAUGGAACCCAAUGACACCUUCAGCAAUAACAACAGCCACAAGGACUGCCUGAUUGAAAAAUUCAAGAGGGAUUUUUAUCCUGUUGUGUACCUGAUAAUAUUUGUCUGUGGAGCCUUGGGAAAUAGCUUUUCCAUCUAUGUUUUUCUGCAGCCUUAUAAGAAGUCCACAUCUGUAAAUGUUUUCAUGCUGAAUCUGGCCAUUUCCGAUCUCUUGUUUAUAAUCACACUGCCCUUCAGGGUUGACUAUUACCUCAGAGGCUCCAAUUGGAUAUUUGGGGAUCUGGCCUGCAGGAUUAUGUCUUACUCCAUGUAUGUCAACAUGUACAGCAGCAUCUAUUUCCUGACUGUGCUGAGUGUCAUGCGCUACCUGGCAACUGUCCACCCCUUCCGGCUCCUCCAUGUCACCAGCAUCAGAAGUGCCUGGGUCCUAUGUGGGAUCAUAUGGACCCUCAUCAUGGCUUCUUCAACAAUACUUCUGAAGAAUGGCUCUGAGCAGAAGGAAAAUGUCACAUCAUGCUUAGAGCUGAGCUUCAAUAAAAUUGUUAAACUGCAGAUCAUGAACUACAUCGCCUUGGUGGUGGGCUUCCUGCUGCCACUCUGCACGCUCAGCAUCUGCUACCUGCUGAUUAUCCGAGCCCUGCUGAAGGUGGAGGUCCCGGAGUCAGGGCUGCGGGUUUCUCACAGGAAGGCGCUCGUCACCAUCAUCAUUGCCUUGAUCAUCUUCCUCCUGUGUUUUCUGCCCUAUCACGUCCUGAGAACCUUCCAUCUGGUUGUGUGGGAAAUGGGCACGUGCACAGACAGGCUGCAGAAAGCUGUGAUCAUCACACUGGCCUUGGCAGCUGCUAAUAGCUGCCUCAACCCUUUGCUUUAUUAUUUUGCUGGGGAGAAUUUUAAGGACAGACUAAGGUUUGCAUUCAGAAAAGGUCAUGUACAGACAACAAAGUGCGGCUUUCCUGUUUCGUGUGGUUGA